GACAGAGACAGAGACAGAGACGGAAAACUGAUGCAGACAACCAGUGAAGAGAGGGACUCAACUGGACCACGGACCGUGGUUCACGGCAAGUCUGGCAUCAGCUAUGAUCUUUCCCAGCUGGAUGCGUCCGCAGAGGCGCGCGCGUUGGUUGGACUCACGACGAGAUUCGAGGUCCUCAGCUGCAGUGUGUCCCGGACAGGGUAUGAGUUUGUCUUUUCAGAAGGGCCUCGAGUGCAUCUCGACUCGGAUUCCUACACCUGCACCUGCUCGACCUUUCAGAGCAGAUCGGACGUGGCUUGUCCUCAUAUUUUUUGGCUGCUUGAUCAACUCCAUGGCCAAUUCAUCUCUCUACCUCUUCCUCUUCCCUCCGGCUUCCUCCUCUCCAGUGACGGACACCCGUGCACCCUGACUCGCAUCGAACGUCUCCUCGCGGGCCAGCUCGAAACCGUCGCCGUGCAGCUCAACUGGCCGUAUGUGCGCUCCGAGUUCGAGGGCGGCAUGAGCCGUGCGCAGAAAGUCCGCGACAUCAUGUCUGCCUUUAGCACGUCCAUCCUCCCCGAGGAGUUCCGUCCGGACCUCAUCGACGACGACGACGACGACGACCGCAGCAGCAGCAGCACAGGACACCCUCAUCAUCCACCACGGACCCCCGAGCAAUGCGUGGUGCAGGGCGACUUCGAAGCAACGAUGUUCCGACUGGCCGUGCACGACGUCAACGUGUUCGCCAGCCUCUGCAAGGCCAUGCCCGCGGGAGCCUGCGCCGCGAUCUACUUUGACAAAGUGCAGCAGCAGUCACGCAAGCUGCUCCUGGAUUUCGACCGGUCCUGCCACCCAGCCGCCGCUCCUUCUCCUCCUCCUCCUCCUCCUCCGCCCACGCCACGGAAGAUCGAGGCCAUGACCAGCGCCCUCGCCACGCAACUCCAAGAGAACGUCGCGCGCAUCCAGCGCAACCUGGCGCUGCGGGCCCCGCACGGCAUGGAGGGCGCCGCGAAGGCCCUCGUCACGCUACUCGAGGAGAUCUGCCGCCGCAACAAGGACGCCCUGGACGGCGGCAGCACCCGCUGGGGCCGGGCCAGCUUCCCCGGCGAGAGAGAAGAAGAAGAAGAAGAAGAAGACGAGGACCAGCGCAACCUGUACCAGCAGCUAGUCGGCAAGACGACGCACGACGACGAGGAGUGCUUUGUUCUGGAUGCGCUGGAGCACCUGGCGGGCUCGGAUCUGCACCAGUUCCGCGAGAAGCUGCGCGCCCUUCUGCAUAAGAACGAGGUGAACCGGGCGCCGCGAGCUUAUAUCCUCAAGUUGGCGGCGCUGGUUCGCGCCGCCGAGUCUGCGUCGUCGAUGAGUAUCUUGGGGCAGAAACGGCCUGCGACGGCGACUUGUUCCCGGGGGGGGGAUACGAAGCGAACGCGAUAA